AUUGAUUGAAGGCGCCUUCUACAGCGGAUGGUGAUGGGUUCUUGUUUAUAGUUGCCAUAGAACGAGUGCGUUGCGCUGCCACUGACAGCUGUCAAACGAACGAAAUCGCUAUCCGAUAGGAAAGCGAAUAGAUGUUGAAACAGAGAUGCUAGACUAUCAUUGUUGAGUGAAGCAGUUCCGAGAUUGCGUUUGUCACCAUACUGCUUUUGUAAAUACCAAUAAGUGCUGACCAAACUAUGUUCUGCCUUAUGCGGUACUACCCGAGUGCUUCAGCCGUCUUGAUAUUUCUCCCAUUGCAAGUCGAUGCCUGGCUAACAUGGAAGUGAGAGCCACUAGGCCAUGGAGUCUUCCUUUAUAGGUGGGUCUGCUGAGGCAGACACUGUCAGAGCACAGGCUGCUGAUUGCUGCCCUGAAAACAGCAGCACCAAAGAUGCUGCUGAGCCACUGCCUCCUAAGGAUGAUGUUCAGUCAGCAAAAGAACUGCCCCAGUCUCAUGGUGUUGGUUACCAAGCUGCCACACAAUCUGCAGCCAUCACUAGUGAUGAAUCAUGUCUAGUCAGCAGUAAAUGAACAACCCAGUGCCUCAGGAUGCAAGCAGACCAACAGUAGUUCCCCACAAUCACAGAAUUACCCACUAGUAGAUGCAAGCCAGGAGGACUGUAUUCCAGCAACCACCUCACCAUUGGUCACACUGCCAGAAGUCCCUGCCCUGAACAAGAAUGGGGCCCAAGCAUCAAGUUCAAUGCAGUCUUACAGCAAGACAAAUAACCCUACGAGGGAGAAUUCUGCUUCCAUGUACAAGGUUCUUUCUCCCCAGAGUGGUGAUGUGGGUGGCCCUGCCAUUUUGCAGAUCUCAAGCAGUCGUAGCUCUCCUGAAGUGCGGCUGUUUAUGGACCCUGGUGCCAGCUCCGAGUCGGACAGUUCUUCGAGACACUGUGAAAGACUAGACAAGAAAGGCGAGUCGCACAACUUGUGCCGGUACUCGUCAGACUCGCACCUGCCACGCUGUGUUCGAACGCCAACAGAGCUUUCAUCCUGCAGUCAGGAAAGUGACGACAGCGAUGCUUUGCUCUCAGAACUUGAGUCUGAGCUGGAGGGAGUGGAGGGCUCCGACGCAUCUAAACAUGCAUGGGGGCUCCAAAAUGGCUCCCAAACAGGAACACGCAGGUGCAAGCGGUGUGCCCUCAACUAUGACCUUAUGGAACGGCUAGAGCAGACCAACUUUGAGCUUCAGCAACAGCUCAGGUAUAUCAGUGAGAAGACGUCAGCCCGUGAAGCUGAAAGUAUGCGUAUGCUGGCAGAAGCACGGGCUGAACUGCUGUCCAAAAAUGAAAAGUUGUGCAGGCAGCUGGAGGCCGUGACAAAGGAGAAAGACAGCAUGGUAGUAAAGUAUGCAACUAGUGAAAAGGAGGUUAUCCUGGCACGCAAGGCCUUGGAGGACACGGAGAAGAAGUAUCGGGAAGUUGUCAAAGAACGAGACCAGCACUUCAGCCGGGUGCGAUCGCUCAACAAUGAGCGUGCUCGUCUCUGUUCCAGCCUUGACACAAAGCUAGCAGACAUGGCAAAGCUUCAGAAAGAGCAGGAGAGGCUCAAGGAGGAAUUGUCUUCACGAGACAUCAAGAUCAAGUGGGCUCAAAACAAGCUCAAGACUGAGGUGGAUGCCCACAAGGAGACGCAGGCAAAGCUGGAGCAAGCACAGCUGCGGCUGCGAGACCUGCGUGAGGAAGCAGAGCAGGUCCGGCGUGACUGUCAGGAGAUGAUCAGACGUUACCAGGAGUCCGAGGAAAUUAAGUCAGUUUCCUUGGAUCACCAGCUCAAGGAAAAGCUGUCUGAACUUGAGGAGCAGAAGAUGGAGAAGGAGAGCCAGGAGGAGGUGUACCAUGUCAUGAAGCAGGAAUUGGAGUCACUCAAGAAGAAGCACAAGAUGAGCAUUGAUGAGAACAACAGCCUUACUAUGAAAAUACACAACCUCGAGAAGGAACGCCUUGAAUACGAGCAGACAUUGAGCAAGCUCAAGGAAAAGCUCAACUCGCUAAAACAAGAGAUUGUUGACCUGAAUGGGAAACUUGAUGAAAAGAGGAAUGUAGAGCUUCAGCUGGAGAGGGAGCGAGAGAAAGUGGUGGCUUCGCAGCAGGAAGUAGAGCGACUGCGGCAGUCAGCUGCCGAGAUGCAGGCUGACAUGGAGGCCUGCCAUCUCAAAGAGGGAGAGCUGCUGGAGUUCACAGAGCGCCUCACCACCAAGAGCGUCCAGCUGCAGUCUGAACACAGCCUCCUGGAGCUCAAGGCCCAGAACCUGGAAGAGCAGAAUAGCAAGCUGACACAGGAAAUUGCACAGCUCAAGAAGCAGAAUCGAGACCUGGCAUCUAACCUUGAGGCUGAGCAGAAGCAGCGUCAGCAAGAAACACAACUGCUAGCACGCAAGCUUGCUGAAAAGACCAAAACAAUUGAAAAAUUGACAACACAAGUUGAAGAUGCUGAAAAUGAACAAAGAGUGAUGAAGAGACGGCAUAUUUCAAGCAUCAAGGAGCUGUCACGAGAGCUGCAGCUGACUAAGAAGCGACUUGAGCAGCAGCAGGACGCCCAAGGUAGCCCCCGUCAGGGCUCAGCACCUGAGCCUCUAGGCUUGGGCUCACGCACCAGCUCCACAGCUUCACUGGAGACCCUAGGGUCAGGGCCCAGCCAGGUGGCCAGCAACCACCCCACAGUCACCUUUGUCAAUGCAGGCAGACCCACUGUGCCGCCCAAGGAAUCACGCUUGCAUGCUGCUGCUGUGACUGUGCUGAAUGGUUCCAGUCGAAGCUGUGUUGGAAGUCCUGGCGCAUCUGGUGCAAGCAGCAGUGGAUCGCCCGAACAUGCACCGACAGCACCUGCACACCUUGAGCUGGACAAGCAAAUGCUUGUGGAGCGCAUUGUACGGCUACAGAAGACUCUUGCACGACGCAAUGACAAAAUUGACUUUCUUGAGGAACACAUCAAGCAGCUGCUGCUUGAAAUGAAAAAGAAAUCCAAGUAGGUGGUUUGGAAGAAAAGUACUGAG